GGAAAAUAAACGUGCGAUAUACUCACAAAUAUACUUCUACAAUUAUUAUUUAAUAAAAUUUAUGCGAAGUAAUAAUUAAUUUAUAAAAAUUUUAUAAUUUGAUUGUGAAAUAUUCAAGUUAAUCAAGUGAAUUUUUUAUUUUGAAAAAAGCAUUGGUAGAAGAUAGGAAUCUCAGGAAAAAAAUUUGCUUUUGUGCAGCCUAGUGCAGAAAUUAAAGUAUAAAAAAAAAGUUUCCUAAAAAGUAAAAUACAAGCUAAUAAAAGACAAAUAUAAAUAGAAAAAUUGUGGCAGUAGUAUAUAUGAACGCAAAUUUAAUAUAAGUUUAUUUUAAAAAGCUAAUUGAACCUUUGAAAGAUAAAGACAGAAAUACAAUAUCAGUAGAAAAUAUACAACAAAAAAAUUUUCAAAUGAUAAUCCUAUAAAAAGUUCCUUCAAUUACAUAUGCCCUUAAUCUGAAAAAUUAUGAUGGAUAUUGAACUUGAAGAAAAAACUCAUCAGGAAGUGAAUUCUCUUCAAGAAUCAAAGGAAAAAGAAGUGGCCUCAAUAGAUUAUGAAGAAUUAAAGAAAAUUCCCACAGAAAAUUGCACAAAUAACCUUAACUUGCUUCAAAAAGAAGAAACAAGUGAAUGUACAGAAAAGCAAGAAGAUUAUGUUAACUUAUCAUCAGCUAGAUCAGAAUUUGAAUCAGAAGCUACAAAUUUAUCAAGUACUUUGGACUCUAGAGAUGAUGAAAAUGAAAAAGAAUGUGAAUCUUCUUUAGACCUACUCUGUAGAAACAAAUAUUUACCCGUAGAAAUUGAAGUUGACAACAAAUGUGAACCUUCAGUAGAUUUGUCAUACAAAAACAAAUCUUUACCUAAUUCAAUAGAAAGUAGUUUAGAUAAUUCCGAAAAUGGUUUAGAACUUACAGCAAAAACUAACGCCACAAAUGAAGAAUGUUCUGAUAGCAAUUUUGAAAAUGCGAAUGAAAAUGAAAAGCAUUUAUAUAAAACGAAAAUUAACGGUUCAAAUCAGUUGGUAGAAAGUGAAAAAGAAGGAUGCAGCGAAAAUACAGUCGAAAUCGAGGAAAAUUUUAAAGAAAAUUUUACGGUAAAUGACAAUAGUUGUAGCUCAUCUUCAUCUUCUGUUGGUUUAGUAAUAGAUCAACAACCGGAUUUUCCAGUUGCCAACCCAAUUGCUUCUCAAAUUACAGAACGCGAUAAAAAUGAAAUUGAAGAAAUUAAUCACAAUUUGAGCGAAAGUUUAAAAAUUAAUUUAGAAGAAAAUUUACAAAAUAAAAAUAUAAAUGAUUGCGAUAGUUUUAAAAAUAAUUUAAAUAAAUUAGAAUGCUCAAAGGAAAUUUUUUUAACGAAUAUAAAAACAGAUAAUUUAAGUGACGAAAAAUUAAUUAAAGAAAAAAAUUUAAAACGUAAAAUUAGCUUUUGUAAAGAUAAUGAUAAUUCACACGGAAGUGACAAUAGUAGUGGCAUUUGCCAAUCUCCGCAACAUAAAAUUCUUCAUCUGGAUGAAGGUUAUUUAAACAACAAAAAAUCACCAUCCCAAAAUGUUAAAGUCACGGUGGCAAAUGAAAUUUCAGAAGGGUCCGAACAAGGCGAAAACUUCGAAAAGUUGCAAUUGACAGAAAAAUUUCCAAUUAUCGAAGACGAAAAUGCAUUGCAUAACAAAAGUUCAAGUUCAAAUUUAGAUAUGACAAAUUCAAUUUUAAGAAACCAGUUAGUGAUAAAAAUUGAGGAAAAUGACCCAGGAGGAACACCCCAACAUAGUCCUGAGAAUAUUGAGAAUAUUUCGAGUAGCAUUAUCGAUAAAAAUCAAAUAGAACUACCUGACAGUACAAGACUUGAGCAACAAAUUCAAAACGAUAAUAGAAAUUUAAGAUUUAGUGUACCAUUAUCUAAUUUUGGUAACAACUACUUAUAUGAAAAAAGCGACAAAUUGAUCGCAUUAAAUUCUACAGGAAAUCUGACUAAAAUCAAUUCAGAUAAAAAUGAGGAACCACAUGAAAUUGUGAAAACGGAUGAAAACGUAGAAAAUACAAAGGAAAUAAUAGAGGUAUCUUCAAAAGCUAUGAAAGAUUUCUCCAACAAUUUAAUUUUAAAUAAUCAAGAAUCGAGUACGCAUAUGAAAAAUAAAGAUAACUUUGGUGUUCAAGGUAAAUAUAAAAAUGAAUCGGAAACAUCUUUAAAUACAAAUUUCAAUAGUUUUUCUGAAGAACAAAAUGUAACUAAUGACACAUUAAUAGAUUUGACUAAUGAUAUAGCCGAAGCCUCUGCAUAUAAUACAAGCGCUACUCAAAGUCAAACCGUCGGAAAUAUACCUAAAGAAAAAAUUCUUCAGGAAUGGAACAAAACGAACUCUUUGCCGCUUUCUUUAAAUCAAUCUUCACUAUCACAAGAUCUAACGAAACAAUCCACAUCGGAUAUGAGGCGCCUUGAUGGUGCAUCCCUCAACAAGCAAUUAGAACCUUUAAUUACAAAUAGGUUAGAUGCUGUAAUAAAUUAUACGAAUAAUUCAAAGCUUUUAAAUAGCCCGUCUUGGAAAUUCGCACUUAAAUAUAAAAAACCAAAUAAAAAUAUUGGAAGAAUAUCAAAUAAAUCUAUGAAAAAGUCAUCGAAAAACCUGCAUCAGAACAAUAAAAAUCAUCGUCAAAUUAAUUCAACAAAAAAAGUAAAGAAUUCAAUAGCGAUACCGUCGACAAAUUCUCAGUCAGGUAGUAUUAUUAAUUCUCCUCAGUUUAAUUUACCUAACAAAUUGAAUCCGCCAAUUAUACCACCAGUUUAUGAAUUAUCACAUACUUUAAAUCGCCACACGGAGUAUAAAUGUUCCAAGUGUUUAAAUUCAAAUUUUAAAAAUAUUAGAGAAUUAGAAAACCAUCAUAAGUUUUGUCUAUAUGGAUCAACAAAUUCAAAUGAAGUAAUUUUUAUGAAUUCUAAUCAACAUCAACAAUUAGGUUUAUCUUCAAUCAACCAUAGCAAUAAUAAUAAAAAUAGUAACAUAAAUAGUGGUAACAAUAGCAAUAGCUCUAGAUUAACACAAUUUUCAUCUGGAAUUAAUAAUUUAAUUCACAAUGUUGAGGAUGUUAUGCUGAAUAUUCCUAAAGAAUCAAAUAUUCGAAAUUUAUUACAUAAACAACAAUCCCCACUUUUUAACAUUAAUGAUAAACCAAUAGAAAUAACACCAAAUUUAAAUCAUUAUCUAAACCAAGUUGAACAAAAGCAUAAAAACCUACUACAGCACCAUCAUCAUCUCAGUCACAAUCAGAAUUUAUUCUCUCACUCUUUGGAUGAAACAAUUAAACGCAGUUUUUUACAAAACGAUGCUAGACAACAAAAUCUUGUAACAGCAAAUGAGCAAAAGUUAAAUGCGGAUAAUUAUAAUAAUAGAUUUAGUAGCUUGUUAACUUCAGGGUUUCAAAAUAAAAAGAAAUUACAUCUUCAACAACAACAGAUACCAGCAUCUUUUUUGGAUAAUGGAAAUAUCUUAGACUAUCCUAUAAUACAAGAUUCAUCUAAUAUUUUCGAAAUAAAUGACGGCCCAUUAAGUUUUAAUCCUUCUGGAUUGCAAAAAUCCGCAAAUGUUGGUAUUGCAAAGGGUUUACGUAGAUUUAGUAAUUCUGGAGUUUUUGGUUCUAAUAUCGAUAUAAGUUCAAAUACUUUAACAGUGUUAAAUAAAAACCAAUUGGAUAAUACUCAGUAUUCUUCUAACUUACAACAAAAAACAGAUUCAUUAGAGCCAAUUAUGCUUAAAGUAAAACAAAAUCAGUUUUCUCCAAUUUUGCCGCCAGAACAACUGCUAAAUAAAUUGUCAACAUCUACAUCUUUGUCAACUUCAUUAUCUUCUACAUCUUCGUCUCUCCAAGAUUCAUUAAUUUUCAACACAAGUGUGACAGAAGAAAGUUCCAUAAACACAGAAAACACAAAAAGAAAAAUUCCUAUAGAAAUUCAAAAUAAUGAGAGUAUUCAAAACAGAACUAUUGUCAAGGAUUUGAAAAGUAAGGGAUCAACUCAAAUUUCAACAACAACUCAUAUUAUUUCAAAUUUAAAUGAAAAAACUCAGCAAAAUAGCAAAGAAGAUCCAAAAUCUUUAGUUAAUCUAACGGAAAAUAAAAAUAAUAAGAAAACAAAAAAAUUAUUUCUAUGUAGCAGCUGUGGAUCAUAUCACGAGAACUGGAAUUUAUUUUUACAUAUGCGAGAGAUGCAUAAACGUCAUAUUUGUUUAUUAUGUCUCAGAAUGUUUCCUACAGCGGAACAAUUAACAGUUCAUUUAGAAAUGAAACAUGAUAUUGAGCAAAAUCAUUUUGAGUCGCAAGAAAAGUUAAUACGCUCCUCUAGAGAUUCAUGUUAUUUAAUGUGCUGUACAUGCGAGCAUAUAUUUACGGAGCAUGACGAUUUUUAUCAACAUAUUUGCGCAAACUAUUUAAAACCUUGCAAUUUGUGUGGCUUAUUAGGUAAACAUGCGUUAAAUUGUAGGUACGCCGCAAAUGAGCAUAAAAGAAGUAAACGUGGUAAAAAGCAAGUGAAUUCGAAAUUGCAACAAAAUAUGCCAAUUUUAAACAACCAUAAUGAAACAAAAAUAGAUCUGCCAAGUUCAGAAGAAAUAAUACAAACCAAACAAGUCACUAACAAUACAAACGAAAUAUUAACAUUAACAAACCCAGAUCAGCCUAUGACUGGACAAAGUAACAACUGUGAUAUAACUGCAAACAACCAGAAAAAUACCCAAUUUAAGGAAUUUCAAAACAAAAGCAAUAUUGGAGAUUUGUUAACAAACACAAUGAACGAUGAACGUAAUUCAGAUUCAAAUAAUGGAUCAGAUAGUGAUUCGAAUAACAGAUAUAAUGGAUAUUUAGAGCAUUUCAAUUAUAAUGACAAUGACCUGAUAAACUUAUAUAAAUCCAAUCGCCUAGCAAACUUAGCAAAACAAAAAGAAAAAGAAGAAGCAGAAGCUAAGACUAAGUCUUUAGUAAAUCAGAAUCCAGAAAACCAAUUGUCAAAUAUAGAAACAGAGAAAAGCAAAGAGGUAUUUAGUAAAGAUUAUAAACAUAAUUCAGAAAACUCGAACAAAAUGCUAAUGCCAAAACUGACUUUAAAAAUUUCGAAAGAAAUGUUUAAUCGCGCCCAAGACUUGGCAGAAGACUCUGAUGAACUAUCUUCAAAUGAAAGUUCUGAUGCUGAAGAUAACGAAGUAGAAAUUGAAGAUGACACAAAACAAAAUACAGGCAUAAAAAGUAAUUUGGAAAAUAUUCGAGAAAAUCAAUCAAAUAUAAAUUCUACCGAUGAAAAUGCUGACAUGAGAAAAGAAAAAGAAGAUGUAAAACGAAAGAGUUUAGAAGAUCAAAAAUUAUUAAAUAACAUUUUGGAAGUAAGUUCGGAAGUUCAAAAUAAAGAAAAUAUUGAAAGUGUUUCCCAAAGUAUUGAAAAUAAAAGUAUCGCUUUUCUGGAUGAAAGCAAAAGUGAUUCUGAUAUGGAUAUUGAUGUUACAUGUAAUCAAGGCGGAGACGUUGCACCGGUUUCACUUGGGCUUGGUUUGCAAUCACAAUCACAAAUAUUGGCUUCUUCUGUACAAUCCAAUGAAAGUUCAACUGACGCUAUGCAAGUUGAUAAAACCCCCCCUACUUCAGUUUUAAAUGAAAAAAUUAAGAAUAAUGAUCACUUGUCAAAUACUAUUGAACUUUCCCAGCCUGAUGUCAGAAUUGCAGAAACAUUGUCCCAAAUGAAAGACUCUGAAACCUCGAUCAAUUAUGGUACAAACAGUGAAAGUCAAAAUAACGCUUCUUCCUCAGCAUCAAUUGAAAACCCUGUGGCACCUAUUAAAAAGAUUUCUACGGAUGGUAUAGAACUAGCUAAUGACGAUGUUCAAAUUUCAGAGCUUAACCUAGAUGCACCAUUAGAUAAAAUUCCGAUGGUAUCAUUAUUACGAAUUAUGUUAAAAGAAACCUAUCCAAUAUGCUUGUAUUGCAAUCAUGCUCGACGUAUUGCCGUCAAUGGAAAUAGUUUAGCUUUACAUAUGCUAUCAUCACAUCGAUUUUCAGCUACUGUUGACAGUAUUACAGCUGAAGAACUACUUCCAGGAACAAUAAUAUCAAAAUUAAAAAGUUAUUUGAAAGAUCUUAAUGAAUACUAUUUUAAUAUGGAAACAUAUUGUAAUAUCGACAAGCAUUUGAACGCAGUCUUCCCCACAAUUGAUGAAAAAAUAUUUGAGUGUUUUUCCUGUCGUUUUUCAACAAGAAUACAUAAAGAACUUUAUUUACAUAAUAGAAAAAUGCAUCUGAGAACGGCUAUUUUGUGUUUCAUGUGUCGUUCAAACUUUUAUAGUUACAGCGAAAUAUUGUGUCAUAUUUGUCCUGGUGCUCAGUACAAAGUUGUUUUAUUUGACAUAAAAUUUCGUUGUUGUAUAUGCGAUCUAGACCAAAUAUCGUCAGCAUUUAGAUUAAUGGUUCAUCUAAGAAAAGCUCAUUUCGCAUGUGAUGUUUGUUUAGAGAAUUGUUUUGAUCAAAGCAGGUUGUCUAGUCAUGUCUGGAAGCAUAAAUUGCACCAUUUAUGUUAUCGUUGUGGUAUUGCUUAUCGUAACAAACCAGAUAUUACAAAGCACUUAUUUUGGAAACAUGGUACAGAAUCAGUUUUAUGUAAACGAUGUCUGCAAAAAAGGUGGCCUCAUGUAUAUCAUUUCUGUAUACCUCCAACAAGUUUUGUGUGUGAAGUCUGUAAUUUAGCUUUUACACGCGCAAUGUAUCUAAAGGUUCACAAAAGGAUACAUACCGGAGAUGCACCAUACCCAUGUACAGAAGAUAAUUGCGAUAAAAAAUUUAUUUCAAGAAAAUUACUUUUGAAACAUGUUGAUGAACAUGAACAAUUUCAUAAUGAAGACAAAUUACCAAACAUUGUUGAACCCGAAAAAACGAUUAAGAAUGAGAGCAGUACUGAAGACAAGCCAGAAGUUCAGCAAGCUCAAAAAGAUGAAGAGUUGUCGAAGAGUAAAACUGAUGACAAGGAAAAUACCGAAGAAACAGAUGGACAUGUUAGCAAAAAGAAGAAAAAGAAAACAAAACGUUCUUCUGAAACAAAAGAAACUUUGGAAGAUCUUAAUUUGCAAGCACCUAACUUAUCGGAAAGCGGAAGUAGUGACGACUCUGACACAGAAGCGUCUGCAAAUCAAAAUUCCUUAGUACCAAAUGUAAUUUUAUCUCCACCAUCAGAACAGGAAGAAGAAGAAGAAGGAAAAAAGGAAGCUAGUCCUGAAAAAAUCAUCGAUAUUUGGAAUAAUUUCAAGACAUUUCAAGCAGCUCAUAAUAAAAUUGAAGAUAACGAAAUUGAAGAUAAUAACAUAGAUCCUCCUGCGCCAAUCUUACAUGUUGUUCAAUCAGAUCAUGACUAUUGUAAAAUGUACAAAAUUGCAAGUGAAAAAAUUGUAGUAGAAAAUGGUAGUGAUAAAAAGAAUAUUUCAAAGGAAAACAGUGAAAAUUUGGAUGUUUCGCAAAAAAAAGAUAAGAGUGAGAGAUCAUUGCUCUUAGCGAUUUCUCCAUCUAAAAAAAAAAUGAAAUCAGCGAAAAAGUCUUCACACACAAAAUCUGGAUCGGACUCGUCAUCAAGUGAUGAAGGCUCUUCCAGUAGUUCUGAUUCAUCAUGUACUUGUGGUUCAAAUUGCAGUUGCAGCAGCACAACAGACAGUUCAAGUGAUUCAUCGUCUUCGUCCGAUACUGAUAGUUCUUCAUCUGAAGGCAAAAGACGAGUUGCAGCUAAACGUGCUGCAAAGGAAGAACGACGACGUAAUCGUUUACAAAGUGAAAAUUCAUCCAAAGCCAAUAAUUCAGAUGUGAUCGAUGUUGUCACGACUGAUUUGAAACCAGAGCCGAAACUUCUUGAGCCUGUCAUCUAUGAAGAUGAUUUGGAAACUGAAGAGUCCGAUACGGAUGAAGAUUUCUAUGACGAGCAUCCACAAAAACUUGCAAGUGAAAUGUUGGCUGAAAAACGCCGCCAGUUAAUGAAGCAAACCUGUCUAAGCCCUUCUCACAACUAUGAUAUAGUUGAAAAUAGUCGACCGUCGACACCUAGUUUGCCAGAAGAUGUUUAUGGUUCAAUAAACAACAGAGAAAAAAAAGUGAAGGUCAAAAAGAAGAAACGUGAAAGAAAAACAUCAAAUAAAAAUUUAAUACCACCAUUCAAGUUAGCCUUAAAUAAACCAUGCACAGAUGAAGAGGGAUUAGAAUCUCCAUUCGUACCCCCAGUUACUCCCAUUCAAACAAAUACUAAUGAAUCAAUUUCAGCUACGUUAGGAAAUAAAAUUGAAUCAUUUAUUCCUUCAGAUGAUGCAGAUGUUUUGGCAAUAAAUGCAGUUGCAUCUAAAGUUUCUGAAACCCCGGAAAUAUCUUCUAUUUUUAAUAGUUCAACCAUUUCAAAUGCCACAACUCCAGUGAAUUAUCAUAACUUUGUCAAUUCAAAUGUUCUGUCCACGGCGUUAUCUGCAUUAACGUCAACGCAAUCAGUUGAAGCAAUUUCUGAAAAUUAUCAAUCACCAAUUUCACCAUCUGCAAUAUUAAAUCCUUCAUUGAUAAGACCGCCAAUUCAUCCUACUCAGACAGUAUUUUCUGCGGUAUUACCUGCCCGCAUCGAUCCCAAUUUUGUUCGCCAUAGUACAGAAAGUAGUUCAGACGCUAGUGCUAAUAUGCUUUCCAAUACUGAUAUAGCUCUAAAACGAUCAAAACGUGCUCGUCGACCUAAUCGUUUCUAUGGUUAUUCAAGUGAUGACGAAGCAACUCACAAUGCAGCACUGCUGGGAACAUCUGGGGUUUUUAAACCUAUUCCUCCUCCAAAUUUAACAUGGAGAAAGGAAGAUCUACCAACACCACCUCGAAGUUCUUCCGGAAAAAAUAUAAAACCCAGCGGAAUAAAAUCAUCUUUAUUAUCAGGAAGUAAAAAAAUGAAAUUGUUUUCCAAAAAGAAGGACGAUUCUGUUAAGAAAGCACAAUCGUUUGUGUCAAAAAUAAGUAAGGUAGGAAAUCCUUCCAGUAUUUCGACACCAAAAAUACCAACUUUAAAGAUCAAGCCAAUGGAUAUCCUCCCACAAAUUCCUCCAUCCAUACUAGAUCAUCAACUACAAGAAAUAAACAGUUUUCAAAGAAUGCCCCAACCUCCUCCAGUGGUCGAGCCAAUUAAUAGUUUACCUCCAGUACAAGUUCAUCAUAUUGACCCACCACAAUUUUAUCCAUCAAGUAAAGAAAGUAUUGAUAGUGAUUCUGAAAGUGAUGAAGAUAAAUUAACAAUUCCACUUCAAAUAUUUAAUACUGAAAGUAAACCAGUUUCUCAAACCAAAGCAGGUAAAAAAUCAUCAACACCUAAAGUAACGAAAAACAACCAAAAUAAGUCUAAUAAAAGCAAAGCAAAAAAUAACAGCGGUACACGAACGACAUAUAAUACACUAGCACCAGUACAGAUCAACAAUUCCUUACAAAAUAUACCUUCAGAAAUUAAAGAAAAAACACCACCUCCGCCAAAGGAAAAGAAAAUUCCACUAGCACUACUACCGAAUCCGGAUUUAGCUACACUGCAAUAUUUUAAACGAAACAAUAUACGAUAUCCAAUACGUCCACCAGCUGGUGCUAGACCACCCCGGGAAGGAGAAAGUGUUUAUUGUUAUUGUAGAUGUCCAUAUGAUGAAGUUUCUGAAAUGAUUGCUUGUGAUGGUGACGAUUGUAUGAUAGAAUGGUUUCAUUUUGAAUGUGUUGGUAUACUGGUUGCACCACAAGGUAAAUGGUUUUGCGCAGAGUGUAAACCCAAUCAACAAAUUUACUCAUCGUCACAAAAUAUUACACAAUUACAAACGCAAAUAUAUCAAUCACAAAACACUUCGGAUAUUGCUAAUAUAUCAAAUUAUGGUAAUUCAUCAAUAAAUAAUUUAAGCGGGUUUAAUGGUCAUUUGAUCAAUAAUAGCAAUGCUGCAUUAAGCACAAGUUCAAGAUCAAUAACUUAUCAAUAAAUAAAUAUUAUGUAAAAUGUAUUUGAAAAUUUCAAAAGCAAAAUGAGAUUUUAAUUAAAAAUUUUAAUUAAGAAAUUUUAAGUUAAAUUUUUAUUAGUUUUUCAUUUGUAAAAGCAGAAAACAUUUUCACAAAAAAAAAGAGAAAAAUCAAAAUUAAAUAGAAAUGUGAAAAAAAAAUCCAAUAUACAAAAAUAUUUUAUACGAAAUUUCUCAAUUUUUCAUGAAUUAUGAUUAUUUCUACAUUGUAAAUAAUAUUUGAAAAUCUUAAUUAAAAUAAAAAAAUCAAGAAACGACAAUGAAAAUAUGCUAUGUAAAUAUUCCAUUUAAAAGUAAUAUUUAAAAACGAAGGAUAAAAUUAUUUAAAAUUAUUAUUAAUUUAAACUAAAAAUACAAGUUAAUACGCUUAUUAUCUUUAAAUUAAAAAAAAAGUAAAAAUUUCAAAUAAAAAAAAAACAUAAUUACCGAAAAAAAUAUAAAAACUUUCUGAAUAAAAUAAUAUUACAUAUAAAUUAAUAUGAUAUAAAACUUAAUUUAAAAAUUUAGUAUUUAAAAAUUUAAUUAAAAUAUAACAAACAUACAAUAAUUAAAAUAAAACAAAAAAAAAACUGUAUAUUGAAGAAAUAUAUGUGAUUAUAGAAAUUUA